GAUGACAGCGGAUCAAAGGAACCAAGAUGUCUGUCCAUUUCGUGUAAAGUCACUUUUGAGGAAAAAGACAUAUUUUUCAGUGCAAAUAUAUAAUUAAUAAGUUAUGAUUUGAUGUAAUUAGUGCUGUGAGUAAUUUAAAUUUAGGAAAAAUGUCGGUCGAUCGGGAAAUACCCGCAGAGGACAGUAUUAAAGUAGUGUGCAGAUUUCGACCCUUAAAUGACUCCGAAGAAAAGGCUGGGUCGAAAUUCGUAGUCAAGUUUCCCCAAGGAGCAGAUGAAAAUUGCAUUUCGAUAGCGGGCAAAGUAUAUUUAUUCGAUAAAGUUUUUAAACCAAAUGCAACACAAGAAAAAGUAUACAAUGAAGCAGCGAAAAGUAUCGUCACUGAUGUUCUAUCCGGAUUCAACGGCACCAUAUUCGCGUAUGGGCAGACAUCGUCUGGUAAAACACAUACGAUGGAAGGUGUCUUAGGUGAUCCCCAGAAACAGGGAAUCAUUCCAAGAAUAGUAAAUGACAUAUUUAAUCACAUCUACGCUAUGGAAGAAAAUUUAGAAUUUCACAUUAAAGUAUCAUAUUUUGAAAUUUACAUGGAUAAAAUUAGAGAUUUAUUAGAUGUCUCAAAAGUUAAUUUAAGUGUUCACGAAGACAAAAAUCGGGUACCCUUCGUCAAAGGGGCAACCGAAAGGUUUGUCUCAAGCCCCGAAGAGGUGUUCGAAUCUAUAGAAGAAGGAAAAUCUAAUAGGCACAUCGCUGUAACAAAUAUGAACGAACAUUCGUCUAGGUCUCAUUCAGUAUUUUUAAUAAAUGUUAAACAAGAAAAUUUAGAAAACCAAAAGAAACUAUCAGGGAAACUUUAUUUAGUAGAUUUGGCUGGUUCCGAAAAAGUGUCGAAAACAGGAGCAGAAGGUACUGUUUUGGACGAAGCUAAAAACAUUAACAAGUCUCUGUCGGCUUUAGGAAACGUAAUUAGUGCAUUAGCGGAUGGUAACAAAACUCACAUUCCUUACAGAGACUCUAAACUAACGAGAAUCCUUCAGGAAUCGCUCGGAGGUAACGCCAGGACGACGAUCGUUAUUUGUUGUUCUCCUGCUAGUUUUAACGAAUCUGAAACUAAAUCGACGUUAGAGUUUGGUAAAAGAGCGAAAACUGUAAAGAACGUUGUCUGUGUCAACGAAGAAUUAACAGCAGAAGAAUGGAAACGAAGAUACGAAAGGGAAAAGGAAAAGGUGGCGAGAUUGAAGGGAAAACUAGAAAAAUUAGAGGACGAACUCAACAGGUGGCGAAGUGGAGAAACGGUGAAAGUAGAAGAACAAGUAAAUCUCAACGAAAUAUCCGACGCAGUUACCCCAGUAUCAGGAAUGGAAGAAAGUGUCAUCGCGGAGAAACCUUCCGGUCCUCUUCCUGCCACACCGGCUCUAAUGAUCGGCUCCACGUUAGGUUUAGAAGAAAGAAACAAAUUGGAAUUGGAAAGAGAACGAUUAUACCAACAACUGGAUGAGAAAGAUGAAGAAAUUAAUCAACAGAGCCAGUAUGUAGAGAAACUUAAGGAGCAGAUGUUAGAACAGGACGAGCUGAUCGCUAGUACGAGAAGGGACUAUGAGGCAUUGCAGGCUGAAAUGAACAGGAUACAACAAGAAAACGAAAGCGCCAAAGAAGAAGUCAAAGAAGUCUUGCAAGCGCUCGAAGAAUUGGCCGUCAACUAUGACCAGAAAAGUCAAGAAGUCGAAGCUAAAAACAAAGAAAUGGAAUCUCUCUCGGAAGAACUUAUGCAAAAACAGACUAACCUUAAUUCCACUACCACCGAAUUGCAACAAUUGCGUGACAUGAACAAUCACCAGAAGAAGAGAAUCACCGAGAUGCUGAGUAAUCUACUGAAAGAGUUGGGAGAGAUAGGCAGUACGCUGGGAGGAGGAGACGGUCAAGAUAUUAAGAUAUCUAACGAUGUGGCUAAAUUAGAAGAAGAAUUUACGGUUGCACGAUUGUACAUUUCCCGCAUGAAAAGCGAAGUCACAAGUCUUACACAGCGAUUACAAGAGAUCGAAAACAAAGAACAGGAUAGCAACAAAAAAGUUACUGAAUACGAGAAGGAAUUGGCGGAGUGUCGUUUGUUGAUUUCCCAACAUGAAGCUAGAAUGAAGAGCUUGCAGGAGUCUAUGAGAGAAGCUGAGAACAAGAAGAGAAUGUUGGAAGAGAAUAUCGAUGCGCUGAGAGAGGAAUGUGCUAAAUUGAAAGCAGCAGAACAGGUGCAAAGUGCUAGUGAGAGCGAAAAGAAGGAAGCCAAUGAACUUCGUGUAGCUUUGGAACAGCAGAUGGAUCAGUUGAGAGAUGUCCACCAGAAACAAGUUGCGGCAUUGAGGGAUGAGAUAGCAGAAAAGCAGAGCUUGAUAAACGAUAUCAAAGAUUCAAACCAAAAACUCACCCUGGCCCAACAACAACUCCAAGCAGAUUACGAGAAGAUCAAGUCCGACGAGGGCGAGAAGUCCAACAAAUUGCAGGAACUCAUCGCUACGAACGAGAGACGCGAACAGGCUAGAAAAGACCUCAAAGGGCUCGAAGACACCGUCGCCAAAGAACUACAGACUCUGCACAACCUGAGGAAAUUGUUCGUGCAAGAUUUGCAGGCACGUAUGAAGAAGAAUCUUUCGUCGGAAGACAAUGAGGAAGACGGCGGCUCUCUGGCUCAAAAACAGAAAAUAUCUUUCCUCGAAAAUAAUCUCGAUCAGUUGACAAAAGUCCACAAGCAGUUGGUACGAGACAACGCGGAUCUGCGAUGUGAACUUCCCAAACUCGAAAAGAGACUGCGGGCUACGAUGGAAAGAGUCAAAGCACUGGAAACGGCGCUGAAGGAAGCCAAAGAAGGCGCCAUGAGAGACCGCAAAAGAUACCAAUACGAGGUUGACCGCAUUAAAGAGGCUGUGAGGCAGAAGAACCUCGCGAGAAGAGGCCCAGCAGCCACAAUCGCCAAACCAAUCCGGGCAGGGCAACACAACACGGUCAACGUGGCUGGUAAUCCCGUCAUUAGAACUGGAGGCAUCAAUAUGGCCAACAGAUCGAGCGACGAAGCCCAGAAACGUAGGUCUGUUAUUGGUGGAGAUAAAGAUUGAGUCGCCAACCAUCUGGUCAGGUGCUUGAGACAUUUUUAGUAAGCAAAAUCCAUAAAACUGUAAUACCAAAAAUAUUGCCGAUACUUCGCGCGAGUCUGCCGCCAGCAGUUUUUGGAACAGACAAGAAAAAAAAUUGCUCCUCCAGACUCGCUCUUCAAUGUGCUUACAGCUUAGAUAUUUCUGUAGUAUAAGGUGCACUUCAUUGCAUUGAAAAUGAAACAAAUUAAUCGAGUAUUGUAACAGAUUGUUGGCAAAUUGUUUUAAUAAAUUGUUCAUUUUUAUUUUUCGAUCACUUCUAGCUUCCUGUCGAAUUAAGUGUUAACACUAAAAAACAAUUUGCUUGCCGUUUUAUCUUUAAAACGCUGCAACGUUUACAGCGAUUUUUUGAGUUAGUUAAUUCUAAUUUUUGUACCGCGUUUUUAAUUUAACUGAAGGUACUAGAUUAAUAAGGCCUUAAAGGACCAAUCUUUGUCUAAACUAGGAACUUUUUGUUACAGAGUUAGUUUAGUUUUAUGAAUUUCUUUUCCCAGUGUGUAAUUCUAAUUGAUUUGUAGUUACACUAAACACAUACUAAAAUGAUUGAAUAUAGUUAGUAAAACUGUUUUAUUUUAUAAAUUUAUUACUAUGUCCUUUCGAUGAAGUAUCCAAAAAAACUAUGUUAUAUUUGCACAAGAAAAUCUCAACUAAGAACAAAGGAGAAGAGUACAGCUGUGAAGUUAGUGGCGUUAUUGAUAAAGCAGCCUCAAUGUGUGACUUGACCUUCACCAAAAUAGGAUAAUUUUAAAGAUUUUGUUAUUCAGAAAAUAGAGAGUGCCUUGAAAAAACACCAAAGCUGGUAGUGACUGGAUUCUAACUCAAUUGGUACUUGCGGUGCAGUCUGAGUUUGGAACUGGUGUUAUCGGAUGAUAGUCGUAUCAGACGACUGUCUUCAUAUUAUAAAAUAUAAACCCUAACAAAAUCUCUUAUGAAAGUAUAAGUAUCGCCUAAGAAUAUUUAAAAGCGUUGAACACGCGCCAACUAUUCGUUAAUAGUUGUGAAUCUGUUUUCUGAAUAUCUAGUGGAAUACCCAAAUAGUAAUACUACUAUACAGUAGCCACUACUACUUUUUCAAAUUUUAAAAUCUCUUGAAAACAAACAUAUUUGUUAUUAAAAUUUUGCUAUCAAAUAUAAAAAGUCAGUAAAUCGUAAAGUUGCUAUUUGUGAACAAGUUUAAUUUAUUUUCCCCAGUGGAAACUAAUAUUUUUUAUAAAAACUUUAUUAUUUGGCGGUUAAUUUUUACGAGGAGGAAUACAAUUUUUGGUAAUGUUAUUUAUUGCCGUUUUUUUUAACAAAUAUUUUUACUUAUAAUGUAUAUUGAUGUUAGCUAUAACAUCCUGCAGAGAAAAAGAAAAUAAAAAUCUUUGUAGCAUUAAUUCCAGGAAACACAUACACUAAGAUACUUCUACAGGUAGAUUGUAGAUAAAGGGACCGUCUGACCUCGUAGACAUUUUCACACUGCGGCCUAAAACAUCUUUUCAGAUAGGCUUUAACACCUGUUGUACAUCCUCUUUGGUGUCUAAACCUUGUUCAGUAGAGUCCCUUCACCGCGACAAGGUCUCAUAGCUCCCGAAGGAGUUCCUUCUACUUACAUUAGUGAACACAGUAUAUGCCAUAAACCAAUUCAAUUCUGAUUUGAUUGUCAAUUAAAUGAGGGAUCUACUUGGAAUUAAUCUGAAUGUUAUCUUUAUUUAUUCAUCUAAUUGGCUCUUUAUGUCAAAAAUUAAAAUGACAAGGUUAAUCACUUGGCAGUUGCUAACAGUAUUUAAUUGGUGUAAAAUAAUUCUAGGAAACCUCUCACGUAGGUUAAAUGGUGCUAAUAACAUUCGUCUAUAAACCAGAGCCGUUUUCUUUUCUUUGUGAUUGAAAAUAUUUAAAAUAUAUUCAAGGCCAAGAAAAAAUGAGCCUUAACAGUUACAGAGAGUAGGUCUUGAUCCUUGCAUCCUAUUCACUCACCGGUAUUUUACGAUUCCCUGGGCAAUAAAUAUGCUAUAAAGUUGUGUACCAUGGUCAACCACGUGGUAGAUACACAUAGAAAUAUGUCAAAUGUCAUGUUGCAGAAAAAAGAUGAUAGAUAGUGAUGUGAAGAUUUAUGUUAUUCACAUGCUAGAUGAUUCGAAAUUUUGUUACAAUAAUUAAUCCUUAUAUUUAUGUUUGGUAGUAUGUGACUCUCAAUCUUCUUCCCCUAUUCUUCGUCCCACAUAGUUCCAAUUUCUACGUCUAGUAUAGUAUAAUAAGAAAGGUGAAAAAAGAAAAAAAAGCUCAACACUAUAAAAGAAAGAAAAAUGAGCUACUUUUUUCACAUAAUGAGUGAAAAACAUGAGUUGAUGCGAUUGGUUGGUUAUACAAGGGAAAGUGAAAGGAAAAAGAGGACCGGCGAGAGGAGGCACGUCCUCCUGGUUAAAAAAUUUAAAGCAUUCGAGUGGCAAAACAACAAUACAACAAGUAAAAUGAUCCGUGAUGAUCGCCAAUGUCUUUAAAAGAUAAGGCACAUGAAGAAGUGGCUCGCAGUGUCAAUACGAAAUGCAGUGUCUACAUAAUAAGUAAAAAUAAUUUUUAAGAUACUUCGAAGUCUUUUCAGCUAUAAUUAUUCCAUCUCUAAAAGUAAUUUAUUAAAUAUUUUUAUAAGAUUGGUCCUGAAAACCUUCAAGAAAGAAAAUCCCUAAAUUAGUAUCGUAAUUGAUAGUAUGUUGGCACUCCUAGUUCUGUUGUCGAUCACUUAGCUAAAUUUUUUAGACAAAUUGUAAAAAGUGUUUUAAUCCAUAUGCAAGUGAAUAUGUAUUUUGAUAUGGUUUUAAUAUUUUAGUGUAAAUUUAUUUCAGACGAGUAUUCCUACAAUUUAUUUCAAGUGGACGUUUUGCCUUUUUGCAAUUUAUAUUUGAUGCUUCAAUAGUAAAAAAUGUUAAAAUUAUUAUUUUGUAUAUCAUUUUUUGUGAAUAAUUGUAUUUUAAUUUAUUAAUAAAACACUCACAACUACUUGGUUCUAAAUUUUCAUAUAUUUUUUUAUUAAUUAACGUUAGUAUUUAUGGUGUCUUUCUCAAGUGAAGUAUUUUAGCGAACGUGCUGCUAUUUGUGGUUGUAUAUUUAACAGAUUUUGAAGAAAACAUUUAUUUGUCACAAUAUGCAAUUGAGAAUAGUUAUCCUUUAGCUGAAUGAAUAGCGCUGACCCGGUCAGUCAGCAAUCUUACACUUUUCACCAAGAAACGCAUAACCCACUAAUACUCCAUAAGCAGGGAUGGAACUAGAGAGAGUUGAAUGAUUGGUUGUUUCCUAGAAUAGGAAGAUCACAUACUAAAUCUUUAUUUUGAUGUUUAAAUAACAUCUUUAUCUAAACACGAGAAAUGGUAUAUUUUCACCAGAUUUAGGGAAACAUACUUGUCGCUCAAUGUCACGGUAUGUAUCAAAUAAGUCUUCGAUGAGAUCAAUUUAUGCUUGUACUUCGAUUUUGUUGAACAGUUCACAAGUUAUUAUAUGUAAUGCUAUCGUCAUCUGUCGGCCAGUAUUUUCAUUUUGACGGUAACUUCAGACAAAUGCAACUUCGUUGGCUUUUAUUUUCACAUUGUCUUUCUGUGAUACAUUACGUGAAAACUAAAGCUGACAGUUACAAAUUAUUACUAAAAUUUUUUUUAUUUUUUCGAAUAUCUCUAGUACCACUAACCAAACAAAUUUGAAGCUAAUGAUAGCCUCCUCUAGCAGUUUAUGUCUUUCCUUAAUUCUUAUGCAGCUUUUGAAUAAGUAACCGUAUAUAUUUUCCUCCAGAUUUGCAGAAAAUAUUUGAUUAUAAGAAGAUUAUCAAAAAAAAAGGAAAAAAUAUUGCUUCAUAUUCAAAAAAGUCUACCUUUUGUAACACCUUUCUAGACACUAAUUCCUGUAAAACGUAAGAUACAUUAUCAUCUUUUACUGGACCCGACUUUAUCAAUAAAAUUCCAAUUAAGGUAAAAAUAGGAUGUCAAUCAUUUAAAUAAAAAUAUUUGAAUUAUUAGAACUACACUUAUACUUAGUGACAGAGGUGGAUAUACGGGAGAGGGAAAUCCCCCCUCUCAAAGGUUCAAAAUUACUGAUAUGAAACUUGAAACACAGACAAACCCAAUAAAUCCGCAAGUUAGGAAAAUUAAGGGGACUUAAUGCAUAUAGUUGUUGUCUUUUGGUGGCUGUUUCAUUGGAUAUUCCCGAUUACCCCAAGGCAAAUGUCUAGAUCCGGUACUGCUUAGUGAUGAUUGAUUCGGGAUUGUUCCGAUUCACUGAGUCGGAUCUUUAAAUUUUAUUAAUGCAAAUAUUGAACAAUCGUAAAUUAACAACAGAUAUACUUGUGAUGCCUCGGAUCCAUGUAAUGAAAUCUAAAAAAUUACCCGAAGUUGCCAGCUGUGUUUACGCUAAUAUUUUUUUUAUACUAGAUACAUUUAAUAUUCCAAGAAACGCUUCGCCAAAGAAAUAGCAUACAAAACUAUAAUCUGUUAUUAACGAAUAACAGACAUCCAUGGUGGUUUUACAAUCAUGAAUACAUAAUAUAGUGAUAAAUACUGAAGAAUAAAUGUGCCACCUUUAACAUUGAAUCACAAAUAUCUCCAUUUCCAACAAAUCAGUCUGUUCCAAUGAAUCAGUCUGAAGAAAUGUUGUUAAAGUUUAAAAACGAUGUAAGAUUUAAAAAAACGUCCAUCGGUUGUAACUUAGACUCCUUUGUAGGACUACUAGUCUAGUUGUUUUCUUUUUUAAAUUGUGAAGGCUUUGUUAAAUGUUUAACUUAUUUUUUUAGUCACCCUUAAUAAUUUAUUAAUCUUGAGUGCCGGCUUGACUGGUUCAAGCGAUCUGGUUACUCUCGAGAAGGAUUACUCAUCGUUUUGUAUGUAAUUUGUACAAUUUCUAGUUAAACCGUGCAUGGAAAUUUUCAUAUAUUUGAAAAUAUACAUUCCAGCCAUAUUUUUCACAAAAAUAUUUAGGAAUAAGGACAUUUUUUAUAUUUUAAGAACUCUGGAGAAGUCAACAUACGGUUUGAUAGUUACUAUAGCUAGUGCAUAUUCGCUGAUAGAUUUGCUUAAAGUUGAUGUUAAGAAUGAUACAGUACUUAAAUAUUUCUGUGUGGUAUAUCCGUGUCUAUUUCGCAGAAACUAAUACAUAAAACAGAAUGGCAACACUACAAAUUUUUAAGCACUGAAAGACAACAAAGCUUCUUAUUGGCUAAAGGAAACCUGUGUUCUCAGCGUGUAUAAAGAGGUAUGUGUCUAUUGAAAUUUUAUAGGAACAAUUUUAUUACCUAUAAAAAUAAAAAACGUCAAUUUGGUCAGUGAUAGGUAAUUUUUAUGUAAUAGUUAAUACAUCUUUCAUUAAACUGCAAUAAUACAUAUUUUCAAGCAAAAUGUAAUUAUAUCUGCACCAAUAUCAGAUAUUAAAGUAAUUCCAUUACACUCUCAUUAAGCUGAGGUUCAGUGUAAUUGGUUACGCUUUCAUUAAUAUUUUAUACUUUUUAUAUAUGUAUAUUUUGAUUGUGAUGAACAUAAAUUAUUCGUAAAUUUGAAAAUUAUUCUUUAUUGUAAAAAAAUAUUAGUAUUAUUUCUUACUUCAUUAUCCCUUACAUUUACGUGGUUCAAAAAUGACAACGUCACAAUUGGAUGAUGUGGAAUUGAUUGGUGAGUAAAUGACUAAUAUAUAUUUAAUAAAUGUGACAGUUAGUAAAUAUCUGUAAUAAAUUUGUCAAUUGUAAAUGUAAAAAUUUCUGUAAACUCCAAAGAGACGUUUUAGAGAAUGUACUUUUUCCGAUAUUUAAUUCCCUUAAAAAGAAUUGUGGCUAAAAGAGUGGUAUUAGAAAAGAAGUUUGAAUUUGUUAGCCGUUGUUUCACAAACAUCUUAUUAAAAUAUAUAUGUAAUAUGUAAAGCUUUUACGACUGUAGAUAAUAAUUAUUGCUACACAGUUAUAAUAAACUAAGGUUGAUCUAAAACACAUCGUAUUGUUAAUUCAAUUUCAUAUUUAUAAAGAUCACGGUAUUACUACUUAAAUCUCUCACAUCAUUUCUGGUGUUAGUGACACAGUUUAUUAGAAAUACAGUAAAUCAUUGCUUAUGGCCAAUAUUUAGGUUUUUGUAUAACAAAAAACUUUUUGAUAUCAAUAAAAACACAUAUGACAUCUCUCUAACCAGGAUUGAAAGUUCUAUCAUUUGUACUCCAUAAAUUGGUGUGCAAAAUAUAUUAUUUUGUCCUUUCUAUUAUCAGUGAUAUUCUAAAGUGAUAAUAUAGGUAAAAGAUUAAAUCUUUUAGCAAAAGCUGUUAUUGCUUUGUUGAAUUACAUGGCCAAAUAUAUGGUCUAGAAGGUCCAAAUUCGCUUAACUUCCCGUGCUCGAAUCGGUAUCAAUAGAGUGUUAUGACUUAUUUCAGCAUACCUGCUUCAUCAGACACUCGGGCUUAAUACAAAUUCAAACUCGGAAAGUCCAACGAAUGUCUCCUAAAACUUGACCACUUCAGUGGUUAACGUACAGAGGUGGUGCAUCCGUAAAGAACAUAAAAUCUUUAAUGUAAAAUAAUUGUUAUAUAGGCAAAUUUUUCAACAGACUUAAUAUGAUAUAAUGUGUACUAGCUCAAAGGUAAAUAAUUCCUCUAUUCUAAAUUAAUGUAACUAAAUUAUUUAAAAUUGUAUUGUAACCCAGACAUCUCAUCUGGAUAGCGUUCAUUCUUUACCUUUAUCCAUAAGUUUCCAUCUUGGGUCAUGCGGACUACGAAUAUAAAAACGGUAAUUAUUUUUUCAAUGAAUUGACAAAUUAUUUAAGUUUACUAAUGGCGUAUUUGUUAUAAGGAAUUUCCUCCAUACAUUCAUUAAAAUGAGAUAAAGUUUAAAAAUAACUUUUGAAAACUUAUUAAUAAAAAACACGUAUCACUGAGAAAUUAAUGGAAUGAAUUAAUAUGUUUUUGGUCUUACGAUGAUACAUAUUGAACAAUAUGAAAUGCUAGGACUUUGAGCUUCCACAAUUACAACUUUUUAACGUUAUUUUUGGACUUGUGAAUCUACGUUGUUGCUAAGUAUAGCAAUAUCAAUCUACCAGGCAGAAAAAUUUAUGUACUCUGUAUCAAUUUACCGAAAUCACUUCUAUGUUACCAAAACAUAUUUGCUUAUUAAUUAAAAUUGUUAUGUUAAAGAAAAAUAUGGUCUUGUGUAUUUUCACUUAUAAAGCAGCCGAUGUUUGUAAAUGUGGCACUCAGUAUAACUUAGUUAUUGUGAUAGACCAAGGGUAAAUCUUUUUUUUAAUUAUUUAUUCUAUUUUUUUACCUUGCACAAAUGAUACAAUCAAUAAAUAAUGUCGUGUCUGGUUAUUGCCUCAAUGGCGUUUUGUUAUUUUAAAGCUUUUUUUGGUCAUGCCGCAGUUUAUUUAUUUAUUUAACUGAUGGAAAUUAUAUUCUAAUAAAGUACU